AUGAUUUCCGACAAGAUAGAUAAGCUAUUUGCUAUCGACAAGGAUGAUUAUGAUAUCAAAAAACAGAAAGAAUGCCUCGCUGAAACUCGCCAAAUGAUUUAUGAUUCCAAAGCUAGAUUAUCCAUAGCCAUCAAGAACCUCAAAAAUUUGACGGCGUACGAGCAAGAGUGUAGCGAUGUUGCUAUUAUUGACUCUGACAUUUUCAAGUCUGCCCUAAGUGUCAUUCAGAUGGCCCCCAUUUUGCAAGAUGACGACGAAAAUAACUCUGUUUUAUUAGUGCUAUAA